AGAAAAAGAUCAAAUGUGACUCUAUUUUUUUGUCGACUGCUUGUGUUUUCUGGUCCUGCCUUUUUCCUUUCCCACUUUUUCCGGUCCCAGUGACUUGACAAGAAAAAGUCGAUGUUGAUUCUGCGAGCGAGGGUCUAUAAACGCAGUUGUCUUUUGAUCUUCGUGUCUGCGGCUCUCCUCCACCUUGCAUGUGGAUCUAAUGGGAGAAAGCACUGCAAGACCACUCCAAAGGCGUUGCUUCAAUCAGGGGUAUCUAUCCAUGGCGGCACCGGAGUGUGGGUUCGUGAUGACCAGACGGAGGUGGUGUCGACUUUUUCCGGCCAGCGAGAAUCUCAGAUGGAUCCAGGAAGACAUCAGGCAUCAGGUGGAUGUAAGUUGAGGCCCACAAGAUCGUUGCAGCUGAGCUGUGAUGAUCUGGCAAUGCCAGGUGGCAGCACAGCAAGGGAAAUGUUCUUUUCAGAUGCGGCUAAGUCGUCAGCUGAUGACAUGGCGACGUUGACGUCAAAUCGAUCUUCCAUCUGCAGAAUGGCCCUGUUGAAAGGGCGUCGGAUGUCCAUGGAGGAUCGUGCUAUAUGCGUUGACGAGCUUCAGAUGCCAGGCAAGCUCCCAUCUGUGCACUUCUUUGCUGUCUACGAUGGUCAUGGAGGCGCAGAAGCAGCAGAGACGGUAGUUCGAAGACUGCAUCAUGUCUUUCGACAGCGGGUUGUCCAGCGAGUUCUCCAGCAGUUUCAGUUGGGCAGAGCUUCAGGGCUCCCUAAGAGUGAGGCUAUCAGACAAACUAUGGGCUCCGAUAGGACAAGCAAAUUCUGGUCAAUUGCCGAGAGGAUGGGACUAGAGGGGCGCCAACACCGGUGUAACUUAGAAGAACACGGGCCUGGCUGUGACCUUGCUCAAGACUUCGUCGGAGAUGGGUUGUCCGAAGCGGGAUUCCGUGGCGGACUCGCAGCAGAGGCAGACCAGGGACCCGACUCAGGGGUUUCGCAAAGUGGGCCGUCCAAAGUGGGUCGUCCAAAGUGGGAUUGCUUGCACGAGACCAAGAAGAAGGGUAGUGUAGAGGGAGAAGAGUCUCUUGCAGAGGGUGGGAAGUUGUUGUUAGGUCCUUGCACGGACCCGACUCGGGGGUUCUGUGACAUGGAGGGGUUAGGUGGGGGUAUUCCGGCAGAUGGAACCGGAGGAUGGCAGGGGUCAACUGAUGGUGGACUCUGUGUGGAUAAAAAUGCCCUUGACUGCGAAAAUAAGGAUGGUACGGAAACUGGAGAUGGGAUGGAGAGGGGCGAGCUUCAGACAGUCGGGGAGAGGCUUCUGCUCGAUGUCCGUGAUCUGGCUGAUGGAGGGGCCAUGUAUCGAAAUCUAUUGAGUGAAGCUCUGAGAGAGGCAAUUCUCGACGUUGACGAUGAAUUUUCACGGGCUGCAGAGACGCAAAGGCUGGCGAGUGGGACGACAGCGACUAUCGCACUUGUCGUAGAUGGAUGGCUGCUCGUGAGCAAUCUUGGAGAUACGCAGGGAACCCUUUGCAGAGAGGGACAAAACGAGGGAGCACCUUCCAUGAUUGAUUCCAUCCUACACCGGCAAUUGCGGAUGAACAGGAGGUUAAGGUCAAGGAAGAGAAGGCACCCACGUGAUAAGGAUGCGGAUCUUUGCUCAGCAGGAGAAUUACGUGCUGUGGACUUAACGAGUGACCAUCGACCAGAUCGAGAAGAUGAGAGACAACGCAUCAAGGCAAUGGGUGGAACCGUUACUCUCUAUGAUGAUGUCUGGAGGGUCCAAGGAAGCUUAGCUGUGACCCGGUCAAUUGGUGAUGUGCGGUAUAAGAGGUAUGGGGUGAUUGCUGACCCGGAAAUGAAUGAAUGGUACAAUAUUUCCUCCGAGGAUGCAUUUCUUGUGAUCGCAUCUGAUGGCGUCUUUGAGCACUUGAACAGCCAGGACGCUUGUAAUAUCAUCUGCGCAGUUCGUCGUGGGCUUGGGUGGAAAGCCGUUGUAGAUGAAGCAGUGAGUGUUUCACCCACUCCGAUCGCCCUCUCGGGUCAGAGCUCAACAUCUAACAACUCCUUGAAUCCCUCUGAAGGCAGUCGGGAUGAUAGCGUAAAGAUUGAGGCCACGAUCGAACAUUCUGGCGAUGUCGAAGCAGGGCAUGCCGAUGCAAUAGCCUGCCGGUCGACAGAGAACCCCGGGCGAUCGUGCACUUCAGAGUUAUCGAAUGGCAAAUCUUCGCUUGCUGUAGGCAGGGCGUCAUUGCGAUCUGGAGAUGUAGAUGGGGACUCAGUUGUUCCAAAGAGUUCUCUGUCCCUCGGAACAAAUCCUAGAUAUAAGACUGACAACAAACUACGUGAUGGAGCAAUCGUUGAAACAGCAACUCGAAGCUCAAAUGGGCCGUGUUGUCAGCAGCCCUGUGCGCGAUUGUCAAAUUGGAAUCGCUGUUGUUCAUCGUGCAAACCACAGACUCAUGGGACAAAGCCAGUGGCUCUUUGCCGUACACUUAGCUCAUAUCAGGUGGCAGAGGAUGCAACGCCGUGCAACAGGGCGGCAAUACAUCGGACGAACAAUGACAGGACACAGUGCUGUGAGAUAGCAGAGCAUGGGACGAAGCCGGUGACUCCUUGGCAUACAUUUAGCUCGUAUCAGGUGGCAGAGGACGCAACACCGUGCAAUGGGGGGGCAAAACAUCGGAAGAAUGAUGAGGGGACACAGUGCUUUGAGAUGAUGGAGCAGCCUGGCGGCAGGAGCAGACCCAAUAUGGAAACGGCUUGGACGUUCCGUGAUCUUGGUGAGGAUACCACUGGAGCACUGACGAUGGACAUGUCAAGAGGAGGAAUGGGAGAGGUAGUGAUGGAUGCACAGGUGCUUGAUUUAGGUCCAGAAUCAGAUGCAAUUCCCAAAGAGACAGCUAAUGGGGGAUUUGUGGGUGACCUUUUCCCUGUUGUGUUUGAUGGGGGUACUCGCAAGGAUGACCAGGUCCAUGACAUGAACAUUAUGCGUCAUAUGAGUUCUUGCAGCGGUGAUCAUCGCAGGGAUUUUGGUCACGGGCACACAGGUUAUCAUGAAAAAGAAUUUCCUUCGGCAGAAAGAUGGAAACAGGCGUCCGGGACGCCCGGGAACGAUGCCAGGGGGAUGAGGAAAGAAUCAACACACAACUGGCGUACUGCGCCCAGCGGUGGAGCUCUGAUGAGUACUGGAUUAACAUGGAAGUCACAAGGGGUUAGCAAAGAGGAGGAAGAGCAGGACGGCAGUCGCAAAGGGGAAGUCCUACAGCGCAUUGUUGACUCUUUGGUUGUUGCGGCUUACGAGAGCGGGAGCAUGGAUAACAUAGCUGCCAUUGUGGUGAAUCUCACAGCACUGAAGGAAAUGCAUGAUGAACGAGAUGGAUCGGAGGGAAGUAGGCUGCUUGGCGCAAAAGCUCUCUCAGAGAAUCCGGACGCCGUGCUGACGUGGAGAUCCUUGAAAGGCGGUGUGGCAACGUAUGGCAGGAGCUGCGCGAAGUUUAUCCGUCCAUCUAGUCUGGACAGUGAAGUUAGCAAGGGGCGGGAGAAGACGAGGGAUGAUGGUCAGGUUGGCUCUAACAAUCUACCAAGAGAAAAAUCAUGGGGUGUGGUUGCUGAGGUUAACAACCACUUAACUGAAGCCCUUACUGUGGCAGGAGGCGGAAAAAUGAGUCGUGAGGAGUAUGCUGCAGAGAAGGAGCAUCAACAACUAAAAGGUGUUGGGCCCAAAGGAGGCAGAGAUGGUCCUGUCAAGGCAGUACAGGAGCAUGGAGUUGUGAAGAGUACAGCAGAAGCCAUUGUGCCAGGGACUCUGGUUACAGCAGAAUCUUCAAAACAUAUAUAUCAGUUAAUUGAGCGUAUUGGCAAGAAAAAAGUGGCGCCUUCAGGGCAGAGUGUGAAGUCAAUUGCUACACAUGUCAGAGGUUUGGAAAGCAGUGGUGGUAUAGCGCGAUGGAGGACAGUGCGAGGGUCGCCACCUCAGAAGAUGCUAGCUGGGAGUGUUAGUGAAACUGCUGAUGGUACACCUCACAAAGAGGGUCUUAUCAAACUCUAUGAGGAGCACCUUAUUUGUUCAGGGGAGUACUUUGCAUCACCACCAGUCGACAAAAUAUGCAGCCUGCCUGAAGGAUUCCACAUGUUCAUCAAUCUCAUCACAUCAGUACCACUGCAGCAGCACCCGUUCACGACUGUCGUUUUCGACGAUGAUGGGGUUUACAACGAAUACAAGUCAUCACCUGGAAGCGAGGGCAUAAGGCAUUUUAGUGUCCAUGGCCACGGAAGAUACAUCUUGAAAGAGAACUUUGCACGAGGCGCUUUCGGAGAAGUUUGGUUGGCAGUUUGUCGAGAAAGGAGCAGUGAAUCAGAGGGCAUGAGUGGCCAAAAGAGGCAAACGAGCAAGCACAGUGCCGGCGAAGAUGCACACCAUGACAGGGAACAACUCUGCCAAGGCGAAAAGACGUACGUUCUCAAAAGAAUUAUGGUGGAGAAGGGUGAAGAUGUUCGUCUCAGUGGCCUGAGGGAGAAGCACUUUGGAGAGCUUUUCCAGAAUGCAACAAUGGUCAUGUUGAGAAAGUCUCGUGUGACCACAGCCACAGUGAGGAUGAAUCAACAGCCGGAUUCUAAAGGCGGGAAAGGGAGGAUCCAAGUUGUCUUGGGGGUUGAUGGGCGACAUGACCGCUCUCAUUCUUUUGACAGUAACCAAGUGCGGAAGAACCAAGCGAACCGGGAUGAAAUUCGGAUGGAUGCCUACGGCGAUCUCGAUAACGAGGCACUUGGAUUUGGUGGCAGUUGCAUGAUGCAACCGAAGAAGGGAAAAGUGGAGGCCCAGUUUCCUCGAGAGUUGAAGAUGUCAUUCCAGAAGCGAUCACGGAGGAGGACAGUCAAAGUUGCACCUGGAAAUUGGAAGUCUAGUGAUGGGGACAAAACUGAUGAUCUCAGAGGGAGAGCUCAUCUCGGGCAAGGGAUGUGGGCACUCCAACACAUAAGGCAAUGUCAAAGAGAGUUAACCUUGGGAGCACUGAAGGUUGAAGCCUGUGACAGUUGCAAAUUGAUGAGCUUGGACGCCUUUGAAGCACAGCAAUGGUGUGGUGAUUCCGCUGAAGAUACCGAUGGAUGUGGGUUACAUUACUAUGACGCCUCAAAGCCACAUGCUAUGAGAGGAUGGGAUGUUCAGAUUGCCGGUGACGGCAGACUGAUGAGAAGUGCAGGCAAGAUAAUGGAGAAGAAAGCGGAUGAGAUGUUUCCGUUUCUGGAACACGGCCAGCUUGGGCAAGUGUGGACACUUGGAGGCCAGUCCUCUAGAAGUAGUUUGCCGCCAUCCAGAAUCGUCGCGUUUGGGAAAGAUGCUGCUGCGUAUGAGCAAGACAGCGAAAACACUCUUCCUUACAAUGAUGGUGAUGACGCUGAUGAUGCUGAUGAUGAUGGCAAUGGUGAUGGCAGCAAACACAGAACGAAUGCUGAGGUGCUCAGGGAGGACGAGGAGGAGUUCCGUCUGUACAAAAGGGGGGGGGUCGAUAAACGGCAGUCGCAAAGUCAGUUUGAUGGGCUUGAAAACAUUGCUCGGUAUGUAGAAUCUUUUGAAGUGAAUAAGGGACGGGAGUUGUGGCUUGUGUUUGCCAACGAGGGAAAAUCAUUGUCGAAAUUACUCUACACAUCCAAAGAAGGUGGGAAACAGGAGGAGGGUAACAACAACAACCAGGCAAAUGCUGAUGAGGGGGGGAGAGAGAAGGAGAAGAGCACGGAAGAAUCCUACACACAAGAGCAACAAGACGAUGCCUUCAGAGCUUCAGAGGUGAAAGCCUCAUACAAGCUUGUGGAGCCCUCUGCAUGGUGGAGAUGGCUCAAAACUGAUCCGGCUGGACAUUUGGAAAUGAAGAGCAUCAUCAGGCAACUGCUUCUCGCAGUCAAGGCCUGCCAUUCGCUAAACGUCACGCACAGGGACAUCAAGCCAGAGAACAUGCUCAUUCGAGGAUAUCAGGAGGUCCACUCGAAUAUGGAGGAACAAGAUGGCUCUUCUGCUGAUAGCCAAACUGAAGAAGCCGCGUGCGAUGGCGGAAGUACUUUGCCCCACAACAGGACAGAUGAUGUAGGAUCUGGGGACAGGGAUCAGGAUGCAGAACGAGAUCGGAAAAAUGCCGCAGUUGUUGACCUGAAGCUCAACAUCACUGUGCGGAUUGCAGAUUUUGGCAGUGCUGUAGAUGAAUACAGUCUUCGGCACCUUUACGGUUCCGCGGGUCCCUCAAGGGUGCAAGAAACCGCAGAGUACUCUCCACCUGAAGCUUUAUUUGGAAAUUACUGGUUGCAAUCAAAGCGAGAGCGCCGACCCAAGUACGAUAUCUGGAGCGUUGGCGUUGUAGUGUUGGAGCUGCUACUGGGAACACCUCAUGUAUUCCACAUCAGCAGCCGAACGAGAGCAUUGCUCGAUCAGCGGCUGGGAGUAUGGGAUGAAGCGGCAAAGGAAAUGGCUUACCUGCUGCGGGCAUUUCUGGAACUUUGUAUUUUGUCGCCCGUCAAGGUGCACGGCGAUGAAAGCUACUUUGUAAGUCCUACCUCUAACCUCUCUUCGCCAACAAAUUCGACCGCCUUCCCACCGAAUAGAACCACCAGUCAUUAUAGCUGUAAUAGCUGCUGUAUUUAGGGCAACUUUCAGUGCAGAUGCAGAUAAUAUAUAUAUAAUGACCGGGCGUUCUAUUCGGGUGGGUGCAGACGGUAGUAAUUUCUACCCACCCUGGUGCACAUUCCUGGCCCUAUCAGAACUGACAAUGGAAAUUUUGAAGAGCACCUCAGAUUAUAUUAUCUUUUUCUUUUUUGGAACUUUCAAAGAAAUAUGUCAGCAACCACACAGUUACGUAAUAAAUAUUAAAUAGUAAA